GACUAUCAACUUGUUAACAUUAAUUCCCCGAAUUGUUUCGUGCAAUUUCAAUUUUCACACUUACAAAAUGUAGUGAUUUAUUAAGAUUUAUAAGAAGAUAUGAGUGAAGACAUUGAUGAUGAUGAGCGAAAGCCUUUGUUGUCGAGCAAUCAGAACAAUGAUGAUGAAGAAAUUUUUGGAAAAAACGGUCUUUCAGUGUCACAAAGACGACUUCUCGACUCGCGAACGAGACUGCGGGAGACCGCCGGAAUGCAAGCCGGAGAUUUGGGGGAACUGAAACGCCGGGGUUCGUUAGUCAGCAAGGGUUCCGAUUUCUGUUCUUCUGCAAUGGACACCGUACCUAACCAUUCCCUUCAACCUGCAAAAGUGAAUAUCUUCACCAUCUUCUGGGCUUAUUGGAAGACCAUUAUUUUGAUAGCUACCCCUUUAUUAUGCCUUCCUCUCAUCAUAGUAAUUGGAGAUGGGCCAUCUAAGGGUGCCUUUGUCAUUAUCAUCAUGGCUGUCUACUGGAUAUUUGAGAUCCUACCCCUAGCUGUGACCUCCCUCCUACCAGUCAUCCUCUAUCCGCUGCUUGGAAUCCAGGACUCAGAUGAUGUCUGCAGGAACUACCUGAAGGAUACUAACUUCUUGUUUGUUGGUGGGUUAAUAAUGGCAGUGGCUGUUGAACAUUGGAUGGUUCAUCGGAGGUUUGCCCUUGGUGUUCUACUCCUGAUGGGAUCAAAGCUCAGAUGGUUGAUGCUUGGGUUCAUGAUAGUGACAGCAUUCUUGUCUAUGUGGAUUAGUAAUACUGCUACCACAGCCAUGAUGGUACCUAUUGCUCAGUCUGUAGUAAUGCAAAUCUUAGAUCAACGGAAAGAUAUCAAGAGAAAGAAGGAAGCUGAAGCUGUUGCAAUGAAUUCUGAUGACCUUAGCAAUGAAAAAGGAAUGCAGGUUGGUGAGACUGCAUUCAAUGGGCAUAUCAACACUGCUAUGGAUAUGAGUGAAGAAAAAUACAAUGAAAAAGAGCUUAUUGAAAGUGAUGUGCAAUCAACAGAUGUAGAUAAAGAGGCUGAAACCAAAGAUGAUGAAUCCAAUGAUGAAAUUGACUAUGAUGCUAUGUCUGAUGCAGACAGGAAACUGUGUAAGGGGUUGCUGCUCUGUGUAGCAUAUGCAGCUAACAUAGGAGGCACAGCUACCUUGACAGGAACAGGACCUAAUGUGGUCCUGGGAGGCGUCGUAGAUGAGUUAUAUGGGGACGAAGCAGGUGUAACAUUUGCCAGUUGGAUGUUGUUUUCUAUUCCUGGGACCCUAAUCAAUCUUGUGUUCUGCUGGCUAUGGCUACAAGUCAUCUUCAUUGGAUUUAGACGCAACACUGGUUCUACUGAAGAAAGUACUAAGGAGGAAGAGAAGGCUGCCAGACAGGUUAUUAAACAAGAAUAUAAAAAACUUGGACCAUGGACAUGGGGUCAAAUUGCAGUGCUGUGCCACUUCAUUGUUUUAGCCAUGCUGUGGAUUUUCAGAAACCCAACGUUUAUCCCUGGUUUUGCUGGCUGGUCUGGCCUCUUCCCAGUUCCAGGAUAUAUCUCUGAUGCUACAGCAGCUAUCAUCAUUUCUAUUUUACUCUUCAUCUUUCCAGCAUAUCCUCCUUGGUUCUUAAGAAUCUUCAAGAUUUUUAGACAAGAAGAUGAUAAGAAACCUAAGUCUCGUAGCGCUCUCUUAGACUGGAAGACAACUCAGAGGAUGUUACCAUGGAAUGUGAUCCUUCUGCUUGGAGGAGGCUUUGCUCUCGCUGAUGGCACAGAGGCAUCUGGUCUCUCUCAAUGGUUGGCAGACCAAUUCAAGGUGUUAGAUUUUUUGCCAUCUUGGAUCUUUGUCAUUAUCAUUACUGUCAUCAUCUGCUUCUUCACAGAGUUCACUAGUAACGUUGCAACUGCAACAAUCUUCCUGCCUAUUCUUGCUGCUUUGGCUGAGAGUAUCUGCAUCAACCCUCUAUACAUCAUGUUACCAGCCACUAUCUCAUGUUCCUAUGCAUUCAUGUUACCUGUAGCCACGCCUCCUAAUGCCAUUGCUUUCUCCUACGGCUCCCUCGCUGUUCCAGAUAUGAUGAGAGCUGGUUCUAUGAUGAAUGUGAUUGGUAUCAUUGUAGUCAACCUUCUGAUCAACUCCAUGGGUAUAGUGGUCUUUGAUGUCUUCAACUACCCAACCUGGGCUGAUAACACUGCUGGUUGCCUUGCAAAUACUACCACACCCACAGCUUGAUACACCACACUAAAUAACCUGUUUGUAUUCUAUUGUUAAUACAGUGAUCCCUCACUGGAUAAAGCCACUUAUCCAUGAUUUACCAAAUGACAGGGAAGGGGGGUGCUUUUUCUUCCAAAAUGUUUUAUUACAUGUAAAAGAUAUGAAGAUUUCCCCAAUAGUAUUCAAGGGAAAAAAUCAAACAAGCGAACAAAACCAAAAUGAAAAUCAUCCCCCCCCCCUUUUGCUAAAUGCCUUACUUGAUAUAUAUAUAUAUAUAUAUGACGCCAAACAGAACUACAUAUUCUAAAGAUUGUCAGAACUGUGACAUUUUUUUAGAGCCAUUAUGUCAAUUAUUGGUCAUGUUUAAGAUUGUGGUUGGAUUCAUUUACAGUUUGGUUUGUUAUUAAAAUAUAAAUUAGAUUUGGGUUUAGUAAAAGAGUUAAAUUUUUAAUUAAUUUUUUGGUGAGGGUGAGGAAUAUGAUAACAAAUUGUUUUUUUAACUGGGAUUAAGGAUUUUGCAAUUCCAGGGAAUACUGUUUGGUGUAUUCUUCACAAGAACAUUGUAUGUGUCUUUGUAUUUGUUGUAAUUGUGAAUAAGUUAUUCCAAUCAUUCUUAUGAAUAUGUCAUAUGAAAUGUUACCAUGUUUUUGUUUUUUUACUCUAUCACAUAAUAAAUACUAUUGAAACAGAUUGAUUGAAUGAUAUAUACGGAAUUAUGAUAAGAGAAGAAAGAGAGCAGUAUUUUUUUACAAAUGACUGAAACAUGUUUUUAGGUGUGGUAUUGGAAGAUAAUUUUUUGUAACAAGGUUUGAAUGCAAAGUCUAUUUAAUAGUCCAACCUGCUGUAGUGACCACCUUUUAAAGAAGGACCGAUUGUCUAUAAAGAUGACCAGGGGGUGUUUCACAAAGAUUUAAGUACGACUUAAAUUGCACUUAAAUGCCGACGCGUAUCUGAAAUGCAAUGCGCAAUCUAAUUGAUCAAUACGCAAUAGUGCGCGUCCUCUUUGCAUGAUCUGACCAAUGCUGUCAUGGCUUUUAUACCGCGCACAACUAGGCAUUUAAGUGCGACUCUAAGUCAUACUUAAAUCUUUGUGAAACACCCCCCAGGUUGUCUUCCCUUUAAUAUUAUUUCCUGAUGCGUUGCAGGGACCUGUACAGAUAGACAUCUUGUUUGUUUAUAAAAAUCACUUUUUUGUCUGCCUGAGAUUGUAUUUAUGGACAGGUUUCAAUGUAUUUUAUGUAUAUAAAAAUCUUAUUAAGCAGAAUAUGUUCAAGCUAUUGUGAAUUACACACAGUGUUACAAAAUGUCACCAGGUUUAAAAAUAAGUCUUUUCUUGACACCUCAUAUCCAAUUUACUUUGUACACAAAAUUUGUCAGGCCAUGUCUGAACAAGCCUGUAUGGGAAGUGCAGGACCUAGCUGUCUCAUUCCAUAGGGGCUCUAGGCAAAUCCCCCCCCCCCCCCCCCCCCCCCACCGAAUUGCUCUCAAUCUCUGUCAACCUUGUAAAAGAAAAUGCCCCUGAAAUUUCUGCAGGGUCUAUGUAAACUGUAAUACAAUGGACAUUGGAAAGUUCCAUUGUUUAAGCUUGCACAAUGUGGGCCCCUCCAAAUUUAGAUCUGCUACUGGAAGGGGUAGUAGAUAGUAAAUGGUAAUCUUCUUUAGUCUCUGGACUUUGAAACAAAGGGCCAUGGAUUCAAAUCCCAGUCAUGGCAUAUCUUCCUUCAGCAAAAAAAUGUAUCUACAUUGUGCUUCACUCAAGCCAGGUUAGAUAAAUGGGUACCUAAUAGGAAUUAUAUUUCUUGAAAUGCUUAUGUGGUGUAAAACACCGCCUAGCUAAAGCCUGGGCGAUAUCAAAGUCCUUAGGAAGCGUUCAUGUACUAUACAAGAACUAUGUGUUAUAAUUGUAAUCAGCUGUUUCACAGUCAACAACCCAGCAUCAAGUUCAUAUAGGGAAAGUUUGUGUCAUUAAAUAUGGAUCGAUUUCUGUACCUAUCAACACUCUAGGUUGUAAAGGUCCUAUCAUAUUGUUUUGUGCAAGCCUUGCAUGUGACUAUUUUUACUACCCGCAGGUCACACACAUUGACAGUAUCUCGCACGUAUUUACCCACAGAAGUGCAUGCAUGUCACGCAUGCAGAAAAGAUUUGAACAUUUUCAAAACUUUGGCAGGUGAGUUGUUGGUGAAUGCCCGCAACUCACCCGCAAGGCUUGCAUGGAACGAUGUGACAGGCUUUGACAUUUCUUUUCCAUUUCGUCUUUUUUUCUCCUAUUCUCUUUUCCAUAUUUUUCUCAUUCUUAUCUUUUAGUUUUUCUCUUUCUUUUUUUUCUUUUAUGAAUUUAGCUCUAUACGUUUUGAACUAUAAUGUUGUAAUAUUUUAUAUCAUCAUGACCAAAGAGUUUGAAUUUCUAGUAUUGUAUUUACUGUGUAUUUAAUUAUUUGUACAGAUGUAACAAUAUCUAUCUUGAUGUAAGGUCGACACAAUAAAGCUAUGCCUCAAUUGUGUUUAUUUUAUAUAUCAACAAGUAAUAUUUCUAUCUAUGUAUCAUUCUAAUUAUGUUUCAACCAACAGAUAUCUGUUAUCAAAUCCAGAAAAGUAGAAAUGUUGUUCAAUUCAACUUGUGUAUGAUGAAAUGUAUGUUUUGGGGAAAAUGGACGGGUAUUUUCAAUCAUGUCUACCAAUCAGGAAAUCUAUUUAUCAGUUUUAGUAUUACCUGAAUCUCUAUCUCCACAAACUCUUACAAUACAAUUUAUGCAGGGUAAUUUGUUUGAAAAGGAAUCAGCAGUACAUCUUUAUAUUGUUUUUUCAAAUUGUUAUUUUGAGAAUCUUAUAUAAUUGUCUUCCAUGAAAUAAAUGCAAUAUAUCAAGGCAUAUAUUUUAUGAAAUUAA